AUUCAAGACUGAACCAGCUCAUGAGCAGUGACUGUGACUAAUCACCAAAAUAGAAACUGUAGCUACCUAUUUUUAUCUCAGAAAAUAAUUACUUGCUAAUUUUAUCUCAAGAAAAUUAAUAUGAAAACUAUAUUCUAAAAUUCAAGAAACUCAGCUGCUUAAUCUAUCAACCAUGAAUUCUUGCUCAAAUUCUCCUAGUUUCUUCAAGAUUAUUCUUCAUGAUACGCUUCGUGACAAGAAACUUGAAUUACCAAGAAAAUUUAUCAGCAUGUACCGGAAUGAACUAUCAAGACAAAUGAUUUUGAAUAUUCGCAAUGGCGAAAAAUGGCCCGUAGAGAUUUUUAAAUGGGAUGAAGCCGUGUUUUUACGUGACGGUCUGCAAGAUUUUAUGGAAUUCUACUCUUUAAUCUACGGGUCUGUUCUGUUCUUUGAGUUUGACCGGAAAAAUAUUUGUUUCAAUGUCAUCAUAUUUGAUGAGAGUACUGUGGAGAUAGAUUAUCCCAUUAGUAUUCUUGAAGAGUCUGAUAUUGAAGAAUUAUCUACCCGGAAAUCGAACGGGAAAUCGCCAUUUUCGGUUCCUCCUCGACCUUCGGAGCAGUUGAAUGUAGAUCAUGAAGAAGGAACAGAAUCUGAAGUGAAGGCAGGAGAAAGAAUUGUGUCAAGCUAUAGAUCAUUGACAAGAAACGAAACAUUGAAUUUUAUUCGGAAAACGAGGGCCAAGUUUAGCUCGAAAAAUCCGUAUUUCAUUCUCGUAAUGCAAACAUCAUAUGUUGAUCCUGAAUAUAAUUUUCCAUCCAUACCGAAAGUCUUUGCGGUUAAAUUUUUGCGGAAGUAUUACGAGGAUGUGAUAUUUAAAGGUGCGGAUGGAAGAAGUUGGUCGAUUGCCUACAGUAACAGCUUGUCGCGUGCAAGAUUUCACGUUGGGUGGAGAAAAUUUGCGCAAGACAAUCAGAUCGAAGCUGGCGAUGUUUGCGCCUUUGAAAUGAUGAAUCGUGCCAAAAUUACAUUCAAAGUAACGAUUUUUCGAGAUAUCAAACCUGCGAAUUUCUGCCUAUUGCUUGGCAAAAGGAUAGUUCCAAUGCAGAGAUCAUUGACAAGAGAGGAAACAAAAAAUUUGAUUCAAAAAGCAAAUAGCAAAUUAGCAUCAAAGUUUCCAUAUUUCAUAAUUGCAAUGCAACCAUCACUUGUUGAUCCAGUCUACAAUAUACCAACCAUCCCGAAAGUGUUUGCCUGCAAAUAUUUUCGGAAGGAUCACGAUGAUGUGAUAUUCAAUGGUCCGGAUGGGCGAAGUUGGUCACUUGAGUACAUUAAUAGCUAUUCGGAUGGAAAAGAGAGGCGAAGAUUUCACGUCGGAUGGAAACAAUUUGUACAAGAUAAUCAGAUUAAAGCUGGCGAUGUUUGCGCCUUUGAAAUGAUUAAUUCUGCCAGAUCAAUUACGUUUCGAGUUACCAUUUUUCGGGACAUCAAAAUCGACAGUUUUUGCCCAUCACCUGGUGACAACAACCAAUCAAAAACAAAAUUUGCUCCAGGGCCUUCCAAAUCAUCUGAACAUAAAAGGCAAAAGAACUUUGUAGAUUUAUGUGAGAUAGAUUGAUCAAAUUAUUAGCAACACCCUUGAGUAUUAAUCUGAUGUUAUUUUUGAUACAUAAUCUGAUGUUAUUAAGAUACAAUUUGUGUAAUUGUUAACUUUUUAAUUAAUUAAGGAUGAAUGUAAUUAUAGAUUAAGCCCUCAUUUCCUUU